AUGGAGGUGUUUUUAAUAUGUGUUCUACUUCUGCGUUUCAUAGCAGCAACAGACGCCUUUUCCGAAGACGAUGCUAUGAAGUUUCUUCAACGAUAUGGAUAUAUAGAUAACAAUUAUAUAGCAGAUUUCAAUACAACGCUCCUACAUUUCCAAGAACAAUAUAAUUUAUAUGUGGAUGGUACACUAAACGAUGAAACCAUAGGAUUAAUGCAAAAACCUCGAUGUCAAACUGGCGAAAACGAUUACUCUCUUAUGGGAAAAUGGUAUAAACAUAAUCUAAGAUGGUAUUUUCCCCAGGCGAAUCAUGUGAAAGAUAUAAUUCAAUUAGUUGAACGAGCCUUUAAAAUGUGGGAAGAUGCUUCAAAUUUGCAUUUUACUAGAGUGACUGUUCCUGUUCCGAAACCAGAUAUCACUAUAACAGCAGUUAAAAGAAAACAUUAUUUUCGAUCCAACUGUAUGGGGAACCAAAAGUGUGGAAUUCAGUUUGAUGGUCCUGGUGGAAAAUUAGCACAUUCUUAUUUUCCCAUCGAUAAUGAUACUUGCGUAGAAAUACAUUUAGACUUGGAUGAAAAAUGGAGUUAUAAUUUGAAUGAUACAGAUUAUGAUUUCACCAAUCUCUUUAUGGUUAUUCUUCAUGAAAUCGGUCACAGUUUAGGAUUAUUACACAGUAACGAUGAGUCAGCUAUAAUGUAUCCAUGGUACCAUAAUAAAGUACGAAAUAUUAGUCAAGAUGAUAUUAGUGGCUUAGAGGCUUUAUACGGACGCAAAAGUACAGAUGCAUAUAUCCCUACACAAACUAGUGCACCAACACGGUCAACGUCGCAUAUAUCGAGGGUGCAUACUACAAGAUCCCGUCCUAGACCAAACGAGAUUAUACCUCAACAAUCAACGAAAGCUACACCACAUUUUUGUGUUAUUGAAUAUCCCAAUAUUCUCUUUCUAGCAUAUGAUCCUCAGUUUAAAAACCAUCAUAUGUAUAUAAUACAUGAAGGAUUUGUGUGGAAAAAUGAUCUAAAUGGACACAUGGUACCAAAUAAUCCAGAGCAUUUGAGUACUUAUUUACCUAAACAAAUAAGAAAUAUCUCGCAUGUGUUUCAGAAUAUAGCUGGGAACUUAAUUGUAGCAUCAAAUAACACUAUGUACUCUGUAUCAUUUCCCAGCAUAACUAUUUCAAGAGAUAUACCUCUGUUUGUAUUACCACCCCAUGCUGAGAUAAAUGUGGUAUUUCAGACUCACACCGGAAAAACAUAUAUAUGGUAUGACAAUACAUCAUUCAUCGAAUAUGACGAUCUAAUAGACCUAGUCAUUAGCAGAGGCCUUAUAAAGGACAUAUUUCCUGGAGUACCGACCACCGUUAAAUCAGUGUUUAAAUACAUAGACGGUCAUUUAUACUUUCUAGAUGGCAGCACUUAUUACAAAUAUAAUGAGUUUACAAAGAAAAUGAUCGAAAUUGGCAGAUUUAAUUGGAACUUAUUCGGGAUUCCUUGUCCAGAUGAUGGCUUAGUUACACAGUUGAAAUAUUUACUGAAUAAAGUUGGCUCUUUUUAUAAAUAA